AUGCCUGUUCAUGUACGUUCAGGCCUGAAAUUAGACAUGAUCAAUGAUCAUGCCUGUUCAUUAGGGUGUCAUGAGGUGAUUGCUCAAGGACAACAACGUAACGUACUGUACAAUUUUACGGACCUUCAACUACCGGAUUAUUGUGCCAGAGUAUUUAACCUUGCUCCGAAAGUAGGUAUUCCACUGAAUAAAAAAGAAAUACCGAUUCUUACAUUGAUAAAAGAUAUAGAAUAUGGAAUCCCAAGAAUUAACGUUGAUGAUACGGAUCCUAAAGUUGUAGAUAAUGUUAGGAAUAAUUAUAGAUUAAAAGUGAUUAACUCGAUCACGAAUUUCUAUAAUAGGAGUGACUAUUUGAUUGAAGAAAAAUGGAUUUCCUUGGUAAGAGAUAUUUCUAGAACUAAACAAUUCUUGAAGGAGAAUAAAGAUGUGAUUGUAAUGAGAGCUGAUAAGGGUGGCAGCACGGUUGUGAUGAAGAGGGAUGAGUAUGUCGAGACAAUGAAUCUGAUGCUUGGUGAUGAAACAGUGUACAAAAGAAUAGACAAGGAUCCAACAAAAAAGUUCCAGAAUGUAGCGAAUAACCUGACAAAAAAAUAUUGUGAUGGAUUCAUGAUGUUUAGUAAAAAGGUAUUGUUGACAACUACUUUGUUUAAACGAUCGAUUCUUAUCUGA